AAUUUUUUCAAAGCAAAAGACCUGCUGGUACUCCAUCGAGCCCAGUAUAAACUCUGGUAUUUUAGGGCAUUUUGGUAGUUCGCCAUUUCUGAAAGCUCAACUAAUGGCCAUGGCAAGUCGUAUUAGGGCGGGUUUUUCUUUGAUCCGGAAAACCCUAAAUACUACUCCUCAAUUUGCAGAGACACUGAGCCCUGUUGGGAGCUCAUGUAACCCUAUUUAUUCCCACUUUCAGCAAUCAAGGAAUUAUACGAAGGAAAUACACACUAAGGAACCAGAAGUCAAGGUACCUCUGGUUCUGUUUGGAGUGCCUGGAAAGUAUGCCACUGCGCUGUUUUCUGCAGCUGCAAAAUCUAAUUGCUUGGACAAAGUUGAAUCUGAUAUCCUUAACCUUGUUGAAGCUUCCAAGAAAAGUCCUCUGUUUUCACAGUUCAUCAAGGAUCCUUCAGUUCCUGCAGAGACCAAAGUGAAAGCUGUACAAGAGAUAGCCUCUGAAGCUGGGUUUUCCGAAAUUACAAAGAACUUUUUGGCUGUGGCGGCUCAGAAUCGAAGGUUGGGACUGAUUGAGAAGAUCGUGAAAUGCUUCACUGAAUUGACCAUGGCAUAUAGAGGGGAGGUCAAGGCAGUUGUUACAACCGUUAUUCCUCUUCCUGAGCAAGAGGAAAAAGAACUGAAGGAGACCUUGCAGGAUGUUAUUGGGCAUGGGAAGACUGUCAAGCUGGAGCAGAAGAUUGAUCAGAGCAUUAUGGGAGGAAUAGUGGUGGAAUUUGCGCAAAAGGUCUUUGACAUGUCGAUAAGGACCAGGGCAAAGCAGAUGGAGAAGUUCCUCAGGGACCCAGUGAACUUUGAGAAUUUCUAGGGCUUCGACUGUCUGCCCAAAAAUCUGCUACUUCCAUUUUCUCCUCUUUUUCUUUUUGAGAGCCCCUUUUUCGUUUUGAGAGCCAUUGGCUGUAGCCACUGUUUAUUUUUGAGAGAUUUGAUUGACCCUUGACUCUGUGGCGUUUGCUGCCCUGUAAUAAAAUCUGGGCCAUAAAUUUGGUUAUGGACGUGCCCUUGAUCUUUGUUAUUUUUCUCUA